AUGGCCCGCUUUCUGUUAAUAUUCGUGUUUCAUGCUACCGUUUUCUCGGAACAAGUGUUUGUCGAAGAAUCGGAUGUGCUCCUCGAUUCGACACCUGAUGAGGUCGCUGACACAAAUGAGGAUAUUGUGCGCUACGACGGCCACCACCUGCUGAGAGUUCGGAUAACUUCUGAGAAACAGCUGGAGCUAUUGAAGAGCCUCCUCCUACUUUCGGAAGCAGCCAACGACGGGGGAAAUGAAGUGGAUUUCUGGGACGAGCCCCUCGAGCGGAAUCAGGAAAUCCUCCUUCGAAUCGCUCCGAGUAGAAUCUCAGAAUUGGAGGAUGUUCUUCAGAGAGCCGAUGUGCCCCACUCAACACUCACAAAUAACUUACAAAAGUGGAUUGAUCGCGAGGCAAGAGAAAAUGAUGCUCAUGAAGAUGGACUGGGUUUGCGUGACGGCGACUUCAAUCUUGGAAUGUACCACACUCUGAAAGAAAUAAAUGAAUCUCUGAUCACGUUACACCAAACACAUCCGAACAACACGCGCCUCCUCGUCCUGGGCAAAACUUCAGAGGGUCGACAAAUCACCGGCAUCCGGAUCGGCACAGGUCAGCCAGACCGACCAGCAAUUUUCAUCGACGGAGGAAUGCAUGCCAGAGAAUGGAUUUCACCGGCGACAGUUAUGUACCUUACCCACAGAUUAUUAGAAAACCAAGAAGAGAACCCCAGUACUUCGAAUUUGACGAAGAAAGUGGAUUGGUACAUUUUCCCAGUCGUCAACCCCGACGGAUAUGAGUACAGCUGGGCCUCGAACCGUCUUUGGCGCAAAAACCGGCGACGCACGAUCCGCUUCUCCCGCUUCUGUCGAGGAGUCGAUCCUAAUCGAAACUUCGGUGUUCAUUUUGGCAGACGAGGGUCGAGUGCGAACCCGUGUGCGGAGAACUUCGCCGGGCUCACGCCCUUCUCUGAAAAGGAGUCCCAGGCUAUACGAACGGGGAUCAACAGGUUGUCAGGCCGUCUUCUAGUCUAUCUGAAUGUGCACUCGUAUUCCCAGGUCGUCAUGUCUCCCUACGGCUACACGACAACCAAGCCGGCGGCGCACGAGGAUCAAUUAGCGGCGAUGAAAGUUUUUGUCGAAGGACUCGCGGACCAGUUCAACGUCACCUAUAAGUACGGACCUGCGGCGGAGACCAUGUACCACACAUCCGGAGCUGCAAUAGACUGGGCACACGACGAAGCCAAAGUGAAGUAUCCGAUGGUGAUCGAACUUCGCGAUAAAGGCAGAUUCGGUUUCAUUCUACCGAAUGAAUUCAUUAUCCCCUCCGGGAUGGAGAUGGUCGAAGGAAUGAAACGGCUGGUCGACUAUUUGGACGAAAAAGGCGAACUAUCCGUUAACGACAUCCAAGUCUCCGCUCAAUGGUAA